AUGUUUCUGGCGCGUGAUGCCAGCUCUCCCACCGUGAUCACCAUCUUCUUUUUCCCUACUGCCAUUCUUUUCUCCAAGCAAAGUAUGCAGGCGCAGGAUAAUGAUGACUUGGGCAAUCCACACUUCCACAACCAACUUCGAGAUGAGUUUUUCUUGUCGUCAGGCUAUGAUGAAUUUACAGAUGGAAUUACAAGUUUGAACAAUAACGUCAUGUCUCCAAUUUCACGAUUCCUCCAUAUCACAGACCCCCAAUACAUGACAACUACAGGUAGUCUACCACAGUCGCUAACAGAUGAGAUAGAUGCUGCACCAUCAUCUAGCUCUAGCAUACCCAUCCCUGGGCCAUCGUCUGCCAGCAACCCACUCAAUGCUGGUGACAACAUCCACUCUUUAAUUCCUUACUCAGCCCAACUCGACUCUUUCUACCAUCCACCAGUUCCUCAGUUGCCGGCAGAGUUAGUUUCUCAGCCGUCUCAGCCAACAUCCACAAUGGCUGCCCUCGAUACCAUGCAGCACUUCAUACCUGAGCCCAGAGUUUCUCAGCCAUCUCAGCCAACAACCACAACAGCUGCCCUCAAUACCAUGCAGCCCAUGAUGCCCCCUACCACUAUUCCCGCCGCUGUGCAGCCAACCACAGCCCUUGUUGUCAUUAAUGUCAGGCCAAAUGUGAAAAAACAGAUUGUAGAUCGUGCAAAGUGA